AUGUCUCAUUAUCAAUCUCCCCACGUUUCUCAAGCAUUUAUACCUUCUAAUCCUUCUUCAUUUCCGUCCAAGUGUGUAUCAAUUAGAUUAGCUGGUGUGAAUAAAUCUGAAAAAUCUAGCCAAGAGCAUUCAUAUACCAAGUUUAGAUUUUUUCCAACCGACUCCAAAGAUGAUAUUCGUCAAGAAAUUUCGAAAGCUUUUUCUGUAGAAAGUUUUUCUUUAGUCGAUGAAAAAGAAGAGCAUAUUAUCACUGGAGCUUGGUAUUCGUUAGAAGAUAAUACAACUUAUAGCCUUAUUAAACGAGAAUAUGGUUCGGAUGCGAAAAGAAAUUGGUCUUCUGCAAGUUAUGAUAACGAUAAUCAACGAUCUUCUGAAGGACCAUCCGUGAAAAUAAGUAAUCGUAAAGAAAUCGGCGAUGCUGAUGAUAAUGAUAUCAGUGAAAUUGAUGGAGCUGAAAAUAAUCCCGAUAAACGUCAACAUGCUAAAAAAGCAUGUAACAAUUGUAGACAGGCUAAGAAAAAAUGUGAUCAAGAAUCAAUUCCUUGUUUGAGAUGUGUGAAGUAUGAGCUUCAAUGUAAUUUAGCAACAGAAAUUUAA